GACAACAGCCAACACUAACCCUAGAGUUCUCUUCGCUAGUCGCGACUUCGCCUUCGCCAUUCCGCCACCGCCAGUCGGCUAUUCCGCCACUGCCACCGCCACCGCCACCGCCAGUCGCCUAUUCCGCCACUGCCACCGCCAGUCGCCUAUUCCGCCACUGCCACCGCCAGUCGCCUAUUCCGCCACUGCCGCCUCUAACUCGCCAGACUGCCCAGACACAAGGUCACCAGUCCAGUCUGGCAGUCGCAGCAGCCCGCCGCCUUCACAGUUGCAGCAGUCGCACCAGGUCACCGGGCGACGUUCGUCCCUCUCGGAGACUCGGACUCUCGCCGUUUGCCCCUCACUCCCUCAGCAAGCAGCAACAACAGAGGUCCCAUCGCCUUCUUUCUUUGCGUACAGCAAAGAGGAGCAUAGCAACACUCCGUCAAGCCGCACAAUCACCCCGGUGAACCUCGGCAACUCAACACGGACUCUCCAAAAUCUCCGAAGGAUCUUGUCCAAAUCCACAAACUCCAAAGUAUGUCUUCUGAGCCCUCAAACCCUCCAAAUGAAGGCGAUGGCGGCAAGAAACUGUCGAAGAAAGAGGCCUCUAAGCUGGAGCGCCAGCGCCGCCGCCAGGAGGCAGCUGCUGCGUCGGCUGCGGUAUCCGCCGUCUCCAUCGAUGACUCCCCCGACCCCCUUGCUGCUAACUACGGCGACUUUCCGCUCGACGAUCUCAAGUCCAAGGCAGUCUCCGGCCGCAAGUGGACGGAUAUUGGCGCGCUGACCGCCGAGCUGAAGGACCAGGAGGUCCUCAUCCGCGGCAGGGCGCAGACUAUCCGGGCUGUCGGGAAGAAGAUUGCGUUUAUUGUGGUGAGAAAGCGUGGAUUCACCGUGCAAUGCGUGUUGACUGUCGCACCUGAUCUCGUCAGUGGGCAGAUGGUCAAAUAUGCCACCAGCUUGAGCAAAGAGUCCAUUGUUGAUGUCGAAGGAGUGGUCUCUGUUCCCAAUGUUCAAAUCAAGGGCGCUACUCAGCAGGUGGAAGUCCAAAUACGGAAACUUUAUUGCAUCAGCAAGGCUGCACCAACACUUCCGAUUAGUAUUGAAGAUGCAUCAAGAAGUGAAGCUGAAAUAGAAAAAGCCUUGCAGGAGGGAGAGCAGCUUGUUCGUGUAAAUCAGGACACUCGCUUGAACCACAGAGUUCUUGAUAUCCGUACUGCUGCUAACCAAGGCAUAUUUCGUGUUCAAUCCCAAGUUGCAAAUGCAUUCAGGCAGUUUUUGCUGUCAGAAAGUUUUUUCGAAAUCCACACUCCAAAGUUGAUUGCAGGCUCUAGUGAAGGCGGUUCGGCUGUUUUUAGAUUGGAGUACAAGGGUCAACCUGCUUGUUUGGCGCAGUCACCUCAGCUACACAAACAAAUGGCUAUUUGUGGUGAUUUUAACCGUGUAUUUGAAAUUGGGCCUGUUUUUAGAGCUGAAGAUUCUUUUACACACAGACAUCUAUGUGAGUUUACUGGGCUUGAUGUUGAAAUGGAGAUCAAUGAACACUACUCUGAGGUGAUGGAUGUUGUUGAUCGCCUAUUUGUAGCUAUGUUUGAUAGUUUGAAUGAAAAUUGCCAGAAGGAACUUGAAGCGAUUGGGAGGCAGUAUCCCUUUGAACCUUUAAAGUAUUUGCGAGAGACUUUGCGGCUUACAUUUGAAGAAGGGAUUCAAAUGCUUAAGGAAGCUGGCAUUGAUGUUGAUCCGCUUGGAGACCUAAAUACUGAAUCAGAGAGAAAGCUGGGGCAGCUUGUUUUGGAGAAGUAUGGAACAGAAUUCUAUAUACUUCACCGUUAUCCCUUGGCUGUUCGGCCAUUCUAUACCAUGCCUUGUUACGAUAAUUCUGCUUACAGUAAUUCUUUUGAUGUCUUUAUUCGAGGGGAAGAAAUUAUUUCAGGAGCUCAACGUGUCCAUGUACCUGAAUUAUUGACUAAGCGUGCUGAGGAAUGUGGAAUUGAUGUUAAAACAAUAUCAACAUAUAUUGAUUCAUUCAGGUACGGUGCACCUCCACAUGGUGGAUUUGGAGUGGGAUUGGAGCGUGUGGUAAUGCUUUUCUGCGCACUUAACAACAUCCGUAAAACAUCGCUCUUCCCACGAGACCCACAAAGGAUCGCUCCAUGAUUGCCUUGCCUUGCCGCUGGCUGACAGACUCGCAAAAUCAAAAUCAUUUUUGAGUUGAAUAUUUGUUUUGAAUUCUCUCCCCUCCCAUAUAGCAAGGCAGACAAAUGAUACAUUUCAUCAUAAAAUAUACAUCUCUCCCUACGUGUAUUGGUUUUUAACCAAUAUAGGAAGGAGAAGAGAGAGUACCUACUGAGCUCUACUGAAAUAGGAAGUUAAUCCAUGAACUAAACCAGUUGCUCAAUCUUAGAAGACUUCCACCUGUUCCCUUGAUGUUUACUGGAAAUAUCUGCAACAAACCAACAAUACUUAAUUAGAAUGAGUUUUGGUGAAAGUAUUUUGCAUGUUUUGUGGUAGGGUGGAAUUAAAAUGAUUAUCAAUAUUGAUGUUUAAUUGACCAUAUAAUUAGAAUGAAAACUCACAUAUAGUGGUAUAUUGUUCUAAACUCGCAUAUAGUGUGUUUUGUAAUUAUAGGGUAAUUAACCAAUCAAUGUAUGCUGUCAAGGUCUUCAAGGAUUUGGUUUU